AUGAGCGAGGCCCUGAGGAGUGAGGCAGGCGCGGACAGCGCGCAUCUGCCGCCUUUUUCGACCUUCGGCGAAAUGGCGGAGAACGAGCAAAGGAUCCUCACCGCAGACACGCGGUUGUUGGACCCUGCUUGGGAAUACUACGAACGCACUGGUGACACUGUUUCGGUCAUAGCCAGCCAGCCGCAAUAUCGGCCCUGGGAGUCCAUGCCUAUCACCGUCAAUGCCAAGGAUGCGAUACUACGAGCAGGAUUCUCAGGUCCACUAGAAUACCAGUCGGUGACACUGCAACCCAUUCCAAAUAAGCUACCGUCCUUCCAAAGCCAGUUCCAAACGUUUCCAGAAACGACAGUCAUUCCAGAGACAGGGCUACCGAGCGUCACGCCCGUGCCGGUCACAUCGAGUCCUACUCCAAGCGCGAGUCCUAGUCACUUAACCCAGCUCACGCAACUCACCACACCCUCGUCUCCUGCGCAUCUGACCACGCUGGCGCAAGUCACACCAUUGUCCACUACGCUGACGACCUUAUCACCUGUCAAUGCUACAACAUUCCAUACUCUAACAGCAGUAAAUGCAAGAAGCUAUCCCAUCGUUCCUGCUCCUAUACAAGCCAGAGAACUAGCACCUGCUCAAACGUACAUCGAUGAUCGUCAUAUACAGUUAUACCAACCAAAUAUUGCGACAAUAAACGCAUUUCCAACACAGAAUGGUAUCUUGCACCAAAAUGGGGCUCUUCUUCAACAAAAUGGAAGCAUCAUACACAACAUUCAGAGUCCCACAGUUGUGCAUGUAUUAAAAAAUGAACCAUUUGAUGUCAAGGCACUUCAAGAUAAAUACACGCCGAAUGGGUUACACCAUAGUAAUUUCCAAAAUCCAAUGUUAAUAGACAAUGGAUAUGAGAAGAAGAAUAAUGGUUUCAUAAGUGCAUCGUCACCAACCCGGUCUGACUUCCGAAAGAAGGAGAGGCGGAAAAUGCGAGCGAAUAGCUCAGAAUCAGAUGGGUCUAACAUGGAAAUGGCUGAGAGCAGUGGACAGGUGGCCGCGGUGUCCUCCACAGCUGGCUUUAAGUCGCCAAUGCACGGGGCUCCACCCAUGACAUCUGGACCAAUGGAUCUUGAUGAUAUUUCAAGUGAAAAACAGUGCUUCCCGUCACAGACAAAGAAGAAGAGGAAAACGAUGCGGCGAAUGUAUAGGCUGCCAAAGAAAAGACAACUGUGGCGACUGCGCACCCUGUCGGAAUGA